UCUCUGUACCUACGUCAGAAUUAAAAAAUAAACCAAUUUCAAAUUAUAAAAUUAAAAAUGAAAAUAAUUUUGUUCUAUGCUUUUUAAAUAAGUACCUCAAACUUAGUUUUAAUGUGAAUCACUAAUAAAAUGGAUACAAAAAAAACAGUUAAAAGUCGUAAGGCUGCAAAAGCCUCAAAAGAGGUCAUCGAACUUUCUGAUUCGGAAAAAAGUUUCUACGAAAGCUCAUUAAAUAACAAAAGGGAAGUGGGUGACGGAGCCCCAGCAGAAAAUGAAUUGGAGACAAAAAAUACAACAAAAUUAAAGGAAGAUGUGGACAAGCCAAUCCAGAGUUUAUAUAUACAUUUCAAAAUAGAUCUAGUUUUUAUAACAUUGCUGCUAGCAGCACUUGGCACAAGACUCUACAAUUUACACAACCCCAGAUACAUUGUGUUUGAUGAAUUACAUUAUGGAAGAUAUGUGACACUAUACACAAAGGGUGUUUUCUUUUUUGAUGCUCAUCCUCCUCUGGGCAAACAGAUGCUUUAUUUUGCUGGAUACCUAGCAGGAUAUGAUGGCAACUUUACAUUUGACAGAAUUGGCUCAGCUUACCCAGAAUCUGUGCCUGUGAAAGCCUUGCGAUUUGUUCCAGCUGUCAGUGGUAGUUUACUUGUUGCAAUUUCAUAUCAACUUAUGCUAGAAAUAUCUACUUAUCAAUCAACUGCUAUACUUGCUGCAGUCUUAGUAUUAUUUGAAAAUUCAUUCCUAGCACAAUCUAGGUUUAUGUUGCUUGAAAGCAUACAGAUAUUAUUUGGUUUAUGGGGCAUAUUGUGUGUCAUCAAAAGCACACGCAUAAGUGGUCCUGGCUCAAUUAUAUGGUUAUGCAUUGGUGCAUUUUCUCUUGGGUGCUGUUUUUCAGUUAAAUAUUCAGGACUAUAUACAUACUACUUGGCAAUAUUCCUAGUCGGUCGUCAAAUGUGGCGACGUAUAAGCAAUACAGAAUCCGUACUAAGACUUGCCCUAUCUGCAUUAUGGAGACUAGUGGUUUUAGUUUGUAUACCACUCGCUGUAUACAUAAGUGUGUUCUACGCUCAUUUGGCGAUGCUGCCUAAAGCGGGGCCGCACGAUAGUGCUAUGACCAGCGCCUUCCAAGCUUCCCUUAAAGGGGGCCUCGCUAGUAUAACAAGAGGACAACCGUUGCAUGUUUCGCAUGGCUCGCAAAUAACACUAAGACAUUCCCACGGCCGUACUUGCUGGUUGCACUCCCACGCGCACGUAUACCCAGUGCGCUAUACAGAUGGGCGAGGCUCCUCCCACCAGCAACAAGUGACGUGCUAUAGCUUCAAGGAUGUCAACAACUGGUGGAUCGUGAAGCGUCCAGACCAGCCUUCUCUGGCCGUGUCGAGUCCGCCCGACGUCAUCCGCCACGGCGAGGUGGUGCAGUUGCUGCAUGGCAUCACGAGCCGAGCGCUCAACUCACACGACGUCGCUGCGCCCGUGUCUCCACAGUCACAGGAGGUAUCUUGCUACAUCGACUAUAACGUGUCGAUGACGGCACAGAACAUUUGGCGGGUUGAGAUCGUGAACCGCGAGAGUGAGGACGCGACUUGGGACAGCAUUCGUUCUCUAGUCAGACUUGUGCAUUUGGAUUCUGGAUCUGCGUUGAGGUUCAGCAGCCGCCAGCUGCCCUCUUGGGGUUUCAAUCAACAUGAAGUUGUGGCGGACAAGGCCGUCACCCACCAGGACACCAUAUGGAAUGUAGAGGAGCAUCGAUAUACUAAAGCGGAAGAUAGGAAGGAACGCGAGCGUGAACUCGUAAGCGCAGAGAUGAUACCCACCGCGGCGACACAGCUGUCGUUCUGGGAUAAGUUCAUGGAGUUGCAGUACAAGAUGGUUACCCACGCGGCCGACGCGCCGCAGGGCCACAUGUUCGCGAGCGAGCCGGUCGAGUGGCCGCUGCUAGUACGAUCCAUUGCUUACUGGCUCUCUCCCAACUCCAAUGCUCAAGUGCAUCUCAUUGGUAAUAUGAUAACAUGGUACGCGGGCACUUUAUCCGUGCUGCUCUACGGAGGCUUACUCGGUCUAUACGCAAUCCGCCAGAGAAGAGCUUACUUCGACCUAACGCCACGCGCCUCACAAAAGUUCUACGACGCAGGCUGCGUACUCUUUUUAGGUUACUGGCUACAUUAUCUCCCUUAUUUCUUUAUGGAUAGAACACUUUUUCUUCACCACUAUCUACCUGCUUAUAUCUUCAAAAUCCUACUCCUGGCCUUUGUUAUAGAUCAUAUCUACUUCACUAUUUGUGUUCAUGAAAGUAAACGGUCGUUUACUAAUAUUUUUAUACUGUGCAUCGCCAUUUGGUUAGCGUAUGUAAUAAUCACAUUCCAAAAGUUCAGUGUACUGAGCUAUGGGAAUACAGAUUUGACGGAAACUGACCUUCUCAAUCUGAGAUGGAAAGAUACUUGGGACUUUAUACUGCACAAGAAAAAGUAAAUUUUCAACUACAGUAAUAUAAUAAGACUGUUUUGGUAAUUCUUUUAUUGACUUGUUUUAAAUGAAACAUAGAUAAUACUCACAUUUCACGGCUCUAUCGCUGUUUUUGACUCGGUUGUUUCAUAUAGAUAGGAUAUGUGGUGUAAAGUAAUUUUUUUUGUGAGGGACCAAUAGUUUUAACGUUAAGUAAGACUUAAUCUUAACAAUUAUUCAUGGUUAAUUCAACAUCUAAGAAUGCUCCGGUUUCGGAGUGAAACGUGAGUAGAGGCUACAUUGCCGAAGAUCUGUUUGGUGUGGAGUAUAAGGAUUAAAGAAAUUAUAAAUUACACCAUACAAAUUCUCCUGCUUUUCGCGGACUGUAGCAAAUUAAGCUUAAUUUUCAUAAUAUAUCAUGGUUUUCCGCAAAGUAACGCCUGCUUCUAUCCAAUAUAGACAAAGUCUUCUUUAUUUGAUGAGAAGAUAUUUAACUACGCACACAUUUCACCGCUCUAUUGCUGACUUUUACAUUAUAGAAUAUGUGGUGUAAAGUAUAAUUUUAUGUGAGGGACCAAUAGUUUAAACGUUAAUUAAAAGAGAAGAUGGUCUUCUUUAUUUGACGAGUAGAUUUUUUUUGCACAAACACCUACAAACAAACUAAAUCAGUACAAACAAAAUUGGUUCUUUAUAUAGCAUGGUUGUUUGUUAAAAAUAGUUUUUUUAAACCAGCGGAAAUUAUGAAAUACCUAUGUUAAGGUUGGCGUUGACUGACCCGCAUUGGACGCAUGAGAUAUUCAUCAAUCUCAUAUUAUAUUUCAUCAAUAUUACAGAUGUCAAGUCAAAAAAUAAUGUUAUGUAUUAAAACAUGCUCACUAUUUACACACAUCUACAAGUUAAGAAAAUAAAAGAACAGGAACAUAUAGAUAAAAGUAGAGGAAAAAUCUGUUUUAUCUGCUUUUAAAGAUAUCUGCCAUGCAACCUAAGAGUCAGGACAAACAUAUAUUGAAGUAUGUCUUGAAAUUUUACAGUUGUACAAAUUGUAUGUAAUAGUAGAUCGUUCAACGAGGGGGUAAAGAAAUGUUUAACGUUAUAAGAAAACGAAGGAUUUUAGAGUAACUCCUGAGCGUAGCAAGGGUGUUGUAUCAGAAUCCUUAGUAAAGCGAGGAUUUUAAAGACGCCCAAAACGAAGGCAGCUUUUCCCCUAAGUUGAAUAAGUACUCCACUUUUCACACCUCGCGAGGCAAUACAAUCAAGUUUGGAGGCAUUUUGUUUCAAUAUUUACUCUAUGGUUCGGCUUCAUAGGCUCUGAUUGUUGAUUGUCAGGGAUUAAGCGUUAAAGCAAUAUUAGAAUAUACAGAUAUAUUAGGAUACGCCGUGCGCGAUGUUCCUUAUUCAAAUCAUAAUAAUCCUUCCCUAGGGACUCCAGUACAACUUUACCUACCCCCUAACCCUAUAGGAUAUAUUGACGUACUUGACCUUUCAAUACUAGGCUAUGCAGUUAGGCAUUGUUGAGCUAGUAAUUUACAUACGGGCCAGUCGACGAGUACCUUUAGGUAGAUUUUCGUUAUAAAUUAGGUAAAUAUAGAGAGCUUAAACUUAUAAGGCAAUAUCACAGUAUAGCUUUACAUAUUAUUAUAAUUAAAUGUAUAUUUAAAACUGUUUAAUUUUAAAACGGUGCUACUGCCAUAAUCUAUCACAAUUGUUACAUUUUAAUUUAUUUUAAAUCUCUUAAAGUUCUUAUGUCACAAUUUUUAGUAAGUAUAGUAUGUAAGAGUAAAAUGUUAUAUAUGUGUAUGUUGUAUUUCAAUUUACCAGUUGUGCGCAAAAUAAAUUAGACAAAAAACAAAACUUUGGAUUAUCGACCGAGGUACUCGGCACUGCUGAAUACAGAUCACACUCACACUUAGCAAAUCGGUAUACUUCAAGAUAUAUUUCGGAGAGUAUUAAAAACUAUUAUUAGUAUCCACUAGCUUAUCGUUAUAUUAUAAAGCUCUAAAGUUUUAAACUGUACACUGUGUACAGAAAAUAUAGCUUCGGGAUUCCACCAGUGCUUUGCUAAAAUAUUUUCUAAAGUCAUGUUUGUUUUGAGUACAACGAUAAUAAAACAACAACAUCAACGAAAUAAAUACUUACAGAUACAUUUAUAAAUACUAUUUUUUAUGUUUGAAAUAAGUUUUUUUAUAAUGUUGUAUUUUAUUGACUGAAUAUUGAUUCCGUCCAUGGAUGAUGAUUAAAAAUUUAUACAUUU